AAACGGAUAUAAAUGUUAAGAUGCCUCAGAGAACCCACAGAUUGAACAAGAGCUCCAAGAAAGAUUCUCUGCUGGCCGACUUGACCUGAAAUUCACUGGCAAUCUUGAAAGUAAAGAUGAGUUGUGGAGACUGUCCCAUAACAGAGACUAGUUCUUUGCGUCAGGAGGAAGGGAAAAAAAAUAGUGCCACCACCCCCUAUUUUGAAACAGAACAUGAAGGGUGUCUGCGAGUUCCUAUUCCAUGUGCUGUCCUGAUGGUGGUCAUCAUUACAGUUUUAAUCAUUGCUCUCACUGCCCUAACAGUGGGCAAAUACAACUGUCCAAACCAAUAUAAGUUCUCCACGGCAUCAGAGAGCCAUGUGUCUUCAUGCUCAGAUGAGUGGAUUCUAUACCACAGGAAAUGCUACUUCUUUUCCACCACAACACAGAGCUGGACCUCUGCUCAAAACUCUUGUUCUGAAGAUGGUGCUACUCUUGCUGUCAUUGAUUCUAUAAAGGACAUGGCCUUUCUAAAACGGUAUGCAGGUAGAGCUGAACACUGGAUUGGGCUGAAAAAUGAAACUGGUCAGACUUGGAAAUGGUCAAAUGGCAAAGAAUUUAAACACUGGUUCAACCUUACAAGGUCUGGGAGCUGUGCAUUUCUGAACAGCACAGAGGUCAGCAGCACAGAAUGUGAGCAGAGUUUGCACUGGAUCUGCAGCAAACCCUCCAGAUCAUGAGGAAACACAUUUCCUAAGCUGACUGCACCACUGAACUAAAAGAAAAUUGUACCAAUGAAUGCUGCUCUGUGAUCAGAAAUUUCUAUCAAGACUUGAUGAGCAAGUUUUGUAUUCUUUUGGAAACUGUCUUCCAUACAGAACUGUGGGACAGAGGGAGAGAAAUUCCAGGAAAACCUUGCAUUGUGAUUUCUUUCUGCUACGAGCUGAAAAUAUCACAAGUUGACUGAUACUCACGUUCAAGAAUGACUAGAAAGUCUUUUGAAUGCACUUUAUAUUUUUAAAAAAUACAUAAGUAGUAAAAUAACUAGGUUUAAAGUUAUUAUUUAUUGUUGAACGACUACCAAUAGUGAGUGUGUCUCAUGCAUUUGCACUAUGUGAAAGAGUUAAACAGUGAUAGUAAAAAAACGAAUGUAAAUAAAUGGAAUUUUGACUGGUUACACAGAUAUUCACCUUAAAGGGCAUGUUUAAAUUUUAGAAAUAAUUCAUAAAUGGAAAUGCUUGAGGAACUAAGUUUUUUAAUAUUUCCAUUUGCAGAAAUUUACCAUGUUACUUUGUCAUUUUUUUCCCCAAAAGAAUACUGUUGGCCUUUUACUUUUUGAACUUCCUUAAUUGCAGACAAGUCUUUUUGAAUAGUUCAUAUUUCUUUGCCUUUAAUAUCUUCCAUUAGUGUUUUUCAAAGAAGAGACAAAAGCAAAGACUAUGAAGAAUAUUUGUAAGGCAGAUAAAAAUAUUAGAGAAUGUGCAAUGUGUGGGGUGAGGAACCUCUAUCAGGAAAUGUUCUAUAUUGUUCAGCUGUGGAAUAAUACCAGUCUUAUCUGAUAACAAGUUUGUGUCUGUCCUCAUCAGCUUUGUCAUGUGCAGUACUUUUUAUGGAGUAUUUUCUGUGUGCAAUAAAGUAUAUUUGUUUGUAUUCAGUACAAUUUAUAAGCUCCUUUUAUGUAUAUGAAAAUAAAACUAGAAUCAAUA